AUGCGUAUAAUUAAGAGCAUUUCAGAAGUGACUUAUGGUUUUGUGCCAACCGACCUCCAAAGCUUAACUUCAAAGGCAGCUUUUUCGUUCAUUAAAGAAUCCACCACAAACAUUACCGACAGACACUUCAAGCAAGCUUUAAUAAACACCAAACCUUCCAAUAUUAACGAAUAUUCCAGCAAAAUACCAGACAUAACUUUUAAAGACAUUUACGGCAUAGACAAUGUCCUCCAAGAGGUCAAAACUUCUGUCAUAGAGCCUUUCCGUUCACCAGAAAAGUAUAUCAAGCUCGGGAUAUCACCUCCGAAGGGUAUUCUCGUGCACGGGCCUACAGGUGUGGGGAAGACCAUGUUAUGCUCAGCCUUGGCGGCAGAAGCUGGCGUCAAUUUCAUGUUGGUCGAGAGUACUCAAGUGAGAUCAAAGAUAGUGGGCGAGUCGGAAAAAGCGAUCAGUCGACUAUUUAGUCAAGCGCGAGCCAAUGCACCCUGUAUACUGUUUAUUGAUCAAAUCGAUAUCUUACUACCUAAAAGAGGAACAAGCCAUUCUUCAGAAAAUACCAGCGAUAGAAUUGUUACCGGUUUUUUGACGGAUGUCUUGGUUGUUGCUGCCACCAAUAGAAUAGAAGUGAUGGAUCCUGCUGUGCUGAGACCCGGUCGAUUUGAUGAGCACAUCUAUAUAUCAGUGCCCAAUGAGGCGCAACGAAGAGAUAUCAUUAAUGGUAUAAGUUCUAAAAUGCCAAUCGUGUUAGAUCACCAGCAAUUAAAUGAAAUUGUGCAAAAGACAGAAAAUUGGUCAGGUAAGAAAUAUUAA